AUGAAGCUCCCCGAGCCCAAAGUCGCUUUGGACAACAUCUGUUCGGUCAUUUACAACAACGUCCUUUACACAUAUUCUUCCGGUGCUUUCCAGUCGCUUUCGCUCGAAGAAGGAGCCCAAUGGAAGACCUUGGCGCAAGGCGAGGCAGUGACAGGUGCUGUCUGCGUUGGCUCCAACCCCACCGAUGCUAGCAAGGCCGGCUUGUACAUUGUAGGAGGCAAGGGCACGUCAACAGAUUAUCAUGGACUUCAAAAGUUCACCUACGCGACAGGAAAAUGGGAGUCCAUCUCACCACAGGACCACGUCACCCAGGACCGUCUUCUCCACGGAGCAACAUACCUCCCUGGAACUGACCAGAUUAUCAUGUACGGGGGCAGUCAGGAUGGUGCGACCCUCGGGGAACCCUUGCUGAAGGACACGACUGCGAUCCGCGCGAUCAUCAUGAACGGAGACGACGGAAGCAAGAGCUUGUAUACAUUUGACCUUUCCGUUGCGCCAAACGUGGUCAAGCGCAUGGUUCUCAUCGACGCGGCGGGCACACCCGUGACCAACUCCCAGGCAGUAUCGAAGGCGAAGGCGCGCAGAGUGGACGGCGAGAUUGAGAAGCGCGCAUCUUUGACCCUGAGCGACUGGCCCGCUUACAACAGCACCCUGGCGCCUACGGGCACCCGAUCCAACUACGCUCUUGCCCAGGGUUCUGAUGGAACCGUCGUUUUCUCAGGAGGAUCAGGUGCCGUCGACGAUGUUCUUUGCAUCUUCAACGCGCGCCAAAACAGCUGGGAAGAUGCCGCCCAAAAGCUGAACGAGCAGGAGGUUCUCGCCACAAGCGAAUCGACGAGCAGCACCACUGCGAGCUCAACCGCAACGAGCUCCAGCUCCAAAUCUAGCACUUCGGCCAGCUCCAUGUCUACACUUCCUGCGUCGGCAUCAGCCUCUGCGUCUGCGUCUGCCGCCGCGACUCUCUCCGCCUCUGCAUCUUCAUCUGCCAGCACCGAGACAGCUGCUGCUGCUGGUGCCCCCGCCGCAGUCAGUGCUAACGCUAUACUUGGUAUUGUCCUUGGCACCAUUACCGGUAUCAUGCUCCUCCUAGGCCUGAUCCUCUUCUGCAUCCGAAAGCGUCGUGGCAAGAACCAGCAAAACGUGGAGGGCGGCCAGGACCCGAGGGGCAUGAGCCCCAGGGGGUUCCCCGAUGAGAAGGCUGGACUUGGAUACGGCAACGACGAUUUCAACUCUGGUCCUCACUUCCGUGGUCAUCAGCAACAAGACUCGGCCGGAUCAUUCUCCUCCAUGGCGAUUUUGAUGGGCAAGGUCAACGGCAACGCACCCAAGUCUGCCGGUGUUGCUCGCAGUGGAAGCAAGCGUGAUACAUCCAACAGCUUCUUCAAGAGCACCAUCGGCAAGCCCCUUCCUCAGAUGAACGAGGCACCGGCCCUUGCACCCCCUUCCCGCGAUGAAAAGGGUGUUUCGUUCGCCGCCGACGUGGUCGAGCCUCGCCCUACCCCGCGAGGAGCUCCCGUCGGUCGUGCUGGGGAGACGCGCAGAAGCUCUGGCUGGAAUCGUUACUGGUCCGGCGGCAGCGCGCUCAACAUUCUCGGAUUUGGCAACUCUAAGCGUACAACCGUCGAUUCUGAGACCUCUCACUACUCCAACACUCCCAAGAACCGCAUCACGCAAGACUCCGCUACCGUCCCUCCUCUGCACCUCAUUACCCAGGACUUGUCUACUGUUCCGCCUAUUCAGCACGAUGGCCGGCCAGAACUGAGCCGUGUCGUCUCUGGCAGCCCGACGGUGUCAAACUACUCGAACCAGAUUCCCUUCCGCGAUGGAGUCUCUGGCAAGAUCGAAUCCCCCCGAAGACCCACAUCGAACGCAUCUUCAGGGUACUCGAGCGGUAUCCCCGAGAGUGUUCGGGACACGUGGGAUCCUACCGGCCCCUCAAGGCCCUGGGGAGCGGACCGCGCUCCAAGCAGUGUUUAUGCCGAGAGCCUUUAUCCCACGUCGCUAGCUCCAAGCCUCCCGCAACGGCAAACGCAGACCAGUGCUCCCAACGGUGUUAGCCAACAGCCGCCCCUCGCCCUGGCAGCCACCUCUUCAGACAUGAGUUGGUUGAACCUGGGCGAGAUCAACAAGCAAAACCGUCUCUAG